AUGUGUCUCUGGGGUGUCAAUGUCGAGCCCAUUUGUAGAUCGGAAUCGGCCCCGUAUGCGGCUGCGUUUGCGAAAGAGUGGGAGUCAACCAAGCAAGCUACGGAUCCCGUCGUCCACAGCCAUCCUCAUGAGCCUGGCGCCCUUCCACCAGCAACCAUCUGCACCAGACCACCCUUCCUGCCCCGCCAAAAAUACGCAUUCCAGUCCCACCAACAAACCGGCAAAAAGACUAGCAAUUGCAUCCACAUCCACCCAUCCAAGGCGAGCAUCCGCGGAGAACAAUCUCGUCGGGCCCGCACUUUCGGCGCUGUUUGUUUGCGUCGGCUCCGGAUAUCAGGCUCGAUGGCCGGCCACAGCUGCGUCGUGUCGGGUGCCAAAGGGCUCGCGGACGGUGCCCUGGACGCCGGGCCUUCGUCGGCGUCGCCCCACGCGGCCGCCGAUGCCCUGCAGACGGCGCGGCAGAAGCGCGCCAUCCUCAAGCUGGAUCUCCUAGUCGUCCCCAUCCUGGGCCUGUUCUUCUUGCUGAGCGCGCUCGAUCAGUCCAACAUCGGCAAUGCUAGGAUCAUUGGUCUUCAAAAGGAUCUCCGGAUGUCCGACUACGAUUUCUCGAUGGCUUUGACGCUGGUCGAGCUUCCAUCCAACCUAUUGGUGCAAAAGAUUGGCGCCGGGAUACAAAUCCCGCUAAUAGUGACGGUCUGGGGACUGAUAACGUGUCUGCAAGGGCUGGUGACCAGCUAUCGGGGACUGUUGGCUACGAGGUUCUUUCUCGGCCUCGUUGAAGGAGCACUAGGGCCGGCCACCGUUCUUUACAUGACAACGUUCUACACCAGAUCUGAGCUCCAAUUUCGCAUCGCUAUGUUCCUGAGCACAGUGUGUAUAGCUGCAGCGGUCUCCGGAUUGCUGACUUACGAGAUCGUCAAGCUGGAUGGUCGGUGGGGACAUCCAGGCUGGGCUUGGGUCUUUCUGAUCGAGGGCUUCGUUACAUCGAUUAUCGGCCUGACCGGAUUCUAUUUUCUGCCAUCAAGCAUUGAGAACGCAAUACUUUUAACAAACGAAGACAAAACCUUUCUUGUCUCGAGACUCAAGGCGGUCGGGAAGCCCAGUCCCAGCUCCGCUUGUUCAUUGACUUCUAUCCAGGAGUUUUCGCCCAAGUCUACCAAGUACCAGGUCCUGGCAGCCUUCAAAAGCCCACACGUGAUACUCAUGAGCGUAGCACAAUUCGCAUCAACAUCCAACAUCUAUGGCCUGGGUUACUUUACACCUACCGCUCAUGUGCUCGAAUUUGCUGACGACCUACUGAAAAUCGGUGGAAUCCGCGCAGUUGUGAUGAGAUUCGGUUACUCUCCGAGAGCCACUCAGCUCUUGACAGUCCCGCCCUUCAUUGUAGCUUUUAUCUACAUCCUAGGCCUCUCGUACUGGUCAGAUCGCUAUCAAUCUCGGGGCCUUGCAGGGGGGACCAGCGCAGCCCUUGCAAUAAUCGGCUUCUCGAUCUUCUAUGGGUCAACCUACGAUAAACUGCGGUAUGCGUCCUUGUUUUUAUCGAUCCCUGGAGCCUAUGGUGUCAUGCCGAGCUUGGCGGCUUGGACGGCGGAUAACAGCGAGCCGCACGUUCGAAAAGCGAGUGCACUCGCCUGUGGUGGAAUGGUAGCAAACGUAGGUGGAUUGUUCAGCGUUUGGAUCUUCACCCUGGGGCAACCGCCACGAUACUCCCUUCCGACCGAAGUCAACCUAUUUCUGGCAGUGGUGAUCAUUACCUGCUGCAUAUUGAACGUAAUGUGGCUCCGACACGCCCAGAAAGAUAAAUCUGAGAAAAGAAACGAAAUUUUGCAGCAGUUCAGUUGUGGCGAUUCAGACCGGGUUGUCAAGGAAGAGCUGCAGAAGUACCCGACCGAACGGGACCUAACAUCUGCACAGGCUUGGGACCAUCUGGGCGACAAGCAUCCAGAUUUCAAAUACGUUUACUGA